AUGAUCAUUGGCCUUUAUCUCAUCUACACGACUUUCCACUUGGGCCCUCGCUUUGAGGAGAAAACCACCAGAGGGAGUGCCUUGUUGGAUGCAUUUGUAUUCCAUGCGGUCACCGCUAUGCUGCUGUAUUGCUACGCGCUUUGCGUCUUUGUCCAUCCGGGGACCAUCCCUGACAAGGAAGAGGACCCCUCCUGGGACUAUGAUGAGGCCGAGGGGCCGCAACCCAUUGCAGCUGAUCUCCUGAUGAACAUGCAGGAGAUGAAGCGUUCCGGGGAUCGAAGACACUGCAAGUGGUGUUUGAAGUACAAGCCUGACCGUUGUCACCAUUGUAGGGUGUGCCGUAUUUGCAUCUUAAAGAUGGAUCACCACUGCCCUUGGAUCUACAACUGCGUAGGCUUCAGGAACUACAAGUACUUUUUCCUUUUGCUCCUCUACACCAGCAUCGAUUGCCUCUACAUCGUGGCGAACAUGCUCCCAACCGUGAGGGCUGGUACUCAGCCGACCACACCCUUCAUGACCAUGUUUUGGCUGAUGUUCGGCGAGACGUUGGCGGGCUUCCUGGGGGUCUUGGUCGUGCUCUUCUUUGGCUUUCAUAUCUACCUCAUGUCAAAGGCAGCGAUCCUCGGGUUCUCGCAAUACGAGCAAACGGGAGUUCUCACCGUGGACAGGUCCAAACUUACUAGCUGUUAA